CAAUGCUAAACGAACGAAUCACUCUCCAAGACGACUCGAUGUUCUUGAGUCAUGGGAAAGAUUCGUUCAAAAUGAACGACAAAUAACUAGUGAGGAGCAGAGAACAGACUUGAGGAUUUUAACACAUCAGGAGAAUGAGCAUGAAGAAAAAGAGCGAUGUUUGGACUCAUUUCGUUGGAUUUUCAAACAGUGACGCAAAAUGCAACAUCUGCAAAAAAACUAUUUCCACUAAAGGAGGAAGCACAUCGAAUUUAAGAAGGCACCUUAAAUCCACACAUCCAUCUGUGCUGUUAGAGCAGUUUAGAACAGAGGGUGAAGAUGGUGGCUCUUCUGCUUCUACAGCCGGUGAUUCGACUGCUUCGACCAGCACGCCAGCAGCAGCCGCCAGAACCAUCCAAGGACCAGUCAGGCGAGAGAGUGGUACAGGAGUUUACUACCAGGCAAUGCCUGCAGUGGGACCUGAUGGGAAAAAUGUGAUGAAGUUGAUUCCAGUCAAGAAAGUGAAUGGGAACUUUGUUCGCACACAGGUUCCACCUUCAAGAAAUGUUAGUCUACCUGCUCACGCAUCUCCUGUGCCUUCACCCCAGAACAGAGUCCCAACACUUCAGCCAACAGCAGAUGGACGAUUAUUUUUAAAAACCCUGCUAGAUGUGGAUACAGUUAUUAGUUCAGUAAAAUGUCAGCAAAAAGGACCUAAUGCCUUAUUACAAUCUUCUACCAACAAAGUACAUGUCCCUCUAAUUACACAGAGCAUAGCACAAAGCACAUUGCCACCAUCUGUUCCACUUAAUAACAAGGCUGUAAUUGUUACCAAAAGUCCACAGCUGUCAAACACUGGGAACCUGCCUGCACUUCAGCAUGGACAUUACCUUCAGAUCCCAUCUAAUGCCACGGUUCGAACGAUCCCUGCCUCUGCACUCCCAUCCUCUAUCAAAAAUCAAAUAUGUUACUCCCCAAAUGACUCUAACCCUGUACAGGGUUUACCAACGGUUUUGUAUGUGUCUCCGGUCAGCUCUCUGAAAUUAGACCAACAAGUGCCAUGUGUCACAAACCCCAGUGAGCUUCCCCAGACUUGCAACACUGCAAGUGUUGUGAAAAGCCCAGAAGAAUCUUCUGGGAACAGUCAAGGGGGCACUACUCUAAUGAAAUGGGUGGUUGAACAGAGGGCAGGAAGCAGUGCUCCAUACCUCAUACCUGUGAUGUCACCUAGCAUGUCCUCAGACAUCUUAAAAGCAAUCAAGCAUAUUGAAUCAUCUAGGAUUUCAAACCCAGUUGCUAACGAACAGGUGUCUUCUGACAUCAGUAAAGAAGCAGUUACUCCAGAGUAUGACAAUGCUCUUGUGAUGUGCAACAGUAAAGUGUACUUGGUGUCUAAAAGAAAAUCUGAAGUCACUAAAGAUAUGAUUAUUAAUGCAGAAGGCAAGAUGCAACCCAGAAAAUCUGCCCAGCCCCCUACUACUGCAUCAGGUCCAUCUACUUCAAACAUGAGUGAAAAGCAAGACCAGCAAAGUCCGGUAAACGACAACAAGCUCAGUAAUAUCAUUGAUUUGUGUGAUGAUGAUGAGGAGACUUCAACUUCAUCUGGGAGGUUAAUUAAACCAAGUGAUACAGUAAGUGAGCAUGAUGAAGAUUCUAAUGUGAUUUUUGUGUCAUACAUUCCACCAAAGUCAUCAGAGACGGAGACCAGCAAGGAAGUCACAGAGACAACAUCUCCGACCAGUUGUGUAAAAGAUGCAGACGACACAAAAUUAGACACAGAGAGCAUGGAGAGUGGCAGCGAAGUGACCAGUAGCUGUAUUGCUGAAGUGGAUGUGAGUAAAUGUGAAGCUGUGCAAGUGAAUGGAGCUGUUCUUGAAGGCAAAGAAGCGUUGUCAGAAAAACUGGGAGCAGUUUGUGAUCAGCAAACUGAUGUUACUGAAAAGCAGUCUUUUGAGGAAAUUGUCCCAGACCAAAUAUAUCAGCCUAAGAGUGAUUCUGAACUCAGACGGACUUUUGGGAUUACUUCUGAUUUGAGUGUUUCCUUACAAAAGAUAGAGGAGUCUAAGGAGUCAUGGGAACAGGAAGGACACCCACAGAGCAAGAAAAGGUUAAUUAACAAACGCACAUUAGAAGGCAUCCGUAAACUGAUUCGCGACUCGAAGAUCGAGACAAAAAUCAAACAACUGAUUCAGACACAGGCGCCAAAACCUGAGAAGACUGGCAAAAGAAAACGACUGCAGAUGAAUGGAGGAAAAUGUGGCUCAGAUACCAUUUCAUCAAUUGAUGCACAUUUGUCAGCUCUAUCUAAUGUUUUAGUAGAAUGUGACUAUGAGCUUCAAAGUGCAUCAAAAAUGUUUCAGACCUGUCAGGCUGGAGAGGAAGAAACACCAUCCACUAGUGAUGCCACCCCCAAUCUCCACAGUUCCCCUUCCUUGGUUGAACCUGUACAAACUCAUACUGCCAAGUGUCAAAGCGACAGUCCAGACUGUUGUUCAGGCUUACGGAAAACUCUGCCUCGUUCAAGCAAGGGGUGUGGGAGAGUCUGCACCGCAUGUCCUUGUGGAACUAAGGUAGGAGGAGUGGCUGGAAAUUCAGCAUAUAAACCACGAGAGAAGUCAAAUCCUUCUUCUAGCGUUAAUUCAUCUAAUAAUGCUUUAACUGAAUCAAACAGAGAUGGGACUCCAGUCGAUGAAGUAUUGGCAGGUUCGGUUUCAUGCUCAAUAAGCUGCAGCAGUGCAUUCCAAAAUUCAGGAGACAAAACAACACAUGGCAGCCAAUCACAACCAGCAACAGAAAUAUGCAGCAGCCGUUCUGGGUGCAACCAAGAUAAGACCAGUUAUAAAUCAACAGGCAGUCAGUUAGAAACAGGCAAUCAGAAACCAAACAAACUGGAUGAGGUGAACACAUUUUCUUCUUCAGUUCCACACUUAUCUUAUUCAAGCUACAAAAUACCAAGUGAACUGUAUUCCUCUGUACUGCUGGAACCUGAGGAGAUCAAACGACAAGAGAGAAUCAAACGGCUUAAAGACCUUCUGCAGGAGAAAGAGGCUGCACUCGAGAAGUUAAGGAAGAGCAUGUGAGAGUGACAUGAAUCUCCAUUUACGUUUGGCGGCAAGCUAUCAGUGGAGAAGUUCUCAGUAUACGUAAAUGAAAAUUGUUGAAAGGCAGAAUCUGGUUAAUCAUACUUACGUUCCUUGCAUUAUUGUACAUUGUACUGCAUUGUACAUAUGUUUCUUUGAAUGUCCAUAUGUGUUGCUAUCUUUACCCUUCUCUGUAAGUUUUAUACUUAAACGUGUCUUGUAACGACUUUGGUUAUUUCAAAGUUAUUAUAAGAUUUCAAAAGACCUGUACAGCUUUGUGAUCUAAACACUUUAUAUGCACAUUUCUGAAGACUUGUAUACAGAUCCUCAGUAUAUUUCAUUUAGCAGGAAAUAAGAAUUGCAAACAUAUCAUUUUUGCUUAACAGCAGCAAAGCUCAUUUCAAAGUGAACAUAAUUCAGUGUUUUUGUUCAUGCAGAGUUUGAUAUUUGGGAUUAUUCUAUAGCUUCAUUACAUCCUCCUUAAAACCUUAAUUAAACUCUGUUUUACAUCUGUGUGAGAGGUUUUA